AUGAUUGGAUGGUACGGUCUGCAAUGUGCUACUAAGAUGUUACCAUUAUUACGAACCACAGUGGCAUCGUCAUAUGGCAUUCUCGUUUCCACGGAUCUACUGCGACCAGCUGUUGGUGAAUUCGCUCAACAAAGAGGUCGUAAGCGCGCAUUGAAACAGACGAUCACACGUCAACAGAAACUUGAGCGUCGACUUAAGAGGGAGGAAAGAGAAGCUGCUCGAAAGCAGUACACUUUUAUGGAACGGGUAAACAUACGUAGGAUGAAGAAUCUGUUGUCACCGUCGCAACAAUUCCCUGGCCGGUUAAAUCGAGACGAUGAGGUCGAUUUACCAGAUAAACCUCUAACUAACAUUUUUAUGAGAAAAAAAGUCAAGACGCAGUUUUAUUCGGUACCUGAAGCGUUAGCUAUGCAUCGUGAGCUGCAGCGGCCUUCUAUUUAUAACCAUCCCAAUGCACCGCUGCGAUUACGACUGGAGCUGAACAUGCAAACAGAGAGACAGACUAAAAUGGUCACAAAUUCUGACGAAAUUGUCCCUGUUCCUUUUCCAUUCAGUCACAAUGAAAAGCGAACGAUCUUGGCGUUCGUUAAUGAUCCGAAACUCCAGGAAUUGGCAGUGGAUUCGGGUGCUGAGAUAGCAUUAGGUCAGGAUGUUGUUAAAAAGAUUAUUAAAGGACAGUUCCGAACAGAUGAUUACGAUUUUUGUGUUGCACAUGUCGACAUGGCGUCUUUCAUUCUUCCUCUCAGAGGAAUACUGAGGACAAAAUUCCCCACUCGAUCUAAUGGAGGUCUUGGUGAAGAUCUGCAUGACGUGAUACACAAAUUCAAGAGCGGAGUGAAGCUUGCAAUCAAAGGGGAUCCUGUAUAUCCUAUUUGGGGGCUCACUGAUGCUGUUAUUGGCCGGCUUGGAAUGCCUGAUGAAGAAGUCGAGGGGAAUAUUGCUGCAGUGGUGAAGGCUGUCUGUGCACACCGGAGUCCAGCAUUGGGACCAUUCAUAAACAGAGCGCUCUUGAUGACGAUUCCUGGUGAAGAGCAUUAUGCUCUCAACAUCGACACUUGGCUUCCGAUUGCAUCAGAAGAAGAAAUUGAGAAGAUUGAGAGGCGCCGUAAUAAAAAGUCCGCUAAGAAGAAGGAAGAAAAGAAAACGGAAGGAAAUGAGGAACCAGUAGCUGCGGAAGCUUAG